AUGAUUCAUUGCUUUGUCGAGGAUGGCAUCUGGAUCUUCGGCGGCAUCACGACCUACGGAAUGAUGCAUGAUUUGCACUUUUAUGAUAUCCCUUCAAAUACAUUCUACAACCUUUCCAAUGGGGAAGGAGCAGGAGCUCCAUCCGGCACAGGCCCACAAGAAAAGGCCUGGCCGCACCUGGUCUAUGCCGACUCGGGCGGAUCUGCGCGGCUCUUCGCGUUUGGCGGCUGGACGAGCUAUGAUCUUGCCAGCCCAUCUGUCAGCAAUGACUUCUUUUCCUAUAGCAUCGCCAGCAACGCGUGGACGCAGCACAGUUUAGCCACGUUGCCCCACGCGCGCACGUCUGGAGGCAUAGUCUUCGUCCAGGCAUCAGAUGGAGACUUCCUAUAUCUCAUUGGAGGUUUUGGUGCCUCGAAUGUUGGCACCUACGGCUACUUGAGCGAUGUGUGGGCCUAUGACAUCUCAGGAGGAACGUGGUCGGAGAAGUCUCCCUCUGGGGACAUCCCCACUGGCAGAUAUGGGCACGGUCUCGCAUUGAUCCCAUAUUUAGCAGAAGACCAGAUCAUCCUUUUUGGUGGUCUGGCGGUGAAGGCAGAUUUGAGCGGGAUUUUCUAUGACAAUGACAUCUUUGCCUACAGCGUCUUGUACAACGCCUGGACCCUCAUCAGCCCGUCAAACUCCGUGGAUGAGCGACCACCCGGCCGGUCCGGCAUGGCGUUCCCUCGCGUGUCAUACGAUGGCACCGUGGAGGACCAAGUCUUCGUCAUCGGUGGCGCGGACUCCUCUGGCCUGAGGUCGGACAUGCUCUUCUCUUUUGCAGUUCCCAUUCCAACCACCACCACUACGACGUCAUCUACGUCACAGACCUCAUCUUCGACCACACAGACCACCACCUCCGUGACCUCCUCCUCUAGCAGCAGCACUUCCACCAGCAGCACUUCGACCAGCACCAGCAGCACCAGCAUCACCAGCACAGUGACCACUAGCACCACCUUCACCACAUCCAUCUCCACCACAAGUAGCUCAAGCACGAGCACAACGACCGCCACUGCCUCUUCUACCACCACAUCAUCCGCCACUAGAAGCUCCACUACUACCAGCACGAGUUCUUCCACGACCUCCUCUACUUCGGCCACGCUUACCUCGAGCUCAACAACCUCAAGCACUUCUGGGACAAGCACGACAACCUCCACGACGACAACCUCCACGACGACCAGCCGCACUACCACCUCCACUACAUCCACAACCACCACAUCCACAACUACCACAUCCACAACCACCACAUCCACAAGCACCACAUCCACAACCACCACAUCGACGACGUCCACCCAAACCACAUUCACGACCAGCAGUACGUCCAGCUCCACGACCAGUACUUCCUCCACCACAACCUCAUCCACCUCAAGCACAGUUACUGUCACCACUUCGACGACAAGCUCAUUCACUUUCACGACAAGUACUACGAUCACAUCCACUUCAACCUCAUCCACUGCAACCUCAUCCACUGCGACCUCGUCGACUGCGACCCAAUCUACAGUGACUGCCACCUCCUCCACUGCGACUACCUCCACUGGGACUGCAACGACCGAGACUGCAACCUCCAGCACCGCUACUACGGUCACAACGACUGCAACAACUCUGACGACUACGAGCUCCUCGAUCUCGCUGACAGUGACUUCAAGCACAAGCAGCCUCACCUCCAACACGCAGACCUCCAGCACACAGACCUCCAGCACAGAGACCUCCAGUACAGGGACAUCCAGUACACGGACCUUCAGUUCAGGCACAAGCACCUUGUCACUCACCACAUCUCAGACAACAAGCACCACCACUGACUUCUUCGGCAGCAUCACCGACAACAUCACUGACAACAUCACCGACAACAUCACCAACGGAGUUUUCCUGGGCAUAUUGCAAGGCGGCAUUCAGACAAAUGCCUGCUCUCCAUCUCCCAGGACUCAUUGGCUUUUGGCGCUCCUUCUGAUUCGCUGCGCAUGCACUUUGCACCGCGAGAAGUGA